AUGAUUGCAGAUCUUAAAAAUAAUGGAAAGCGAGAAAAGGGCAGAGAGAGGAUUCGGCACAUAUACGGAGUUGACCAAUGCGGUAAUGUCAUGGCUCAGCAGUCUGAAACCAAAGUGGUGAUAUUGAAAAAUCGAAAAUUUACGUGGAAUUUUAUAAAAUUUACGGCAUUUACUGCAGCGGCCGUUAUAUUUAUGCAGCCAAUUUUGGACAUCUUUGAAACGGUUCUCAACCCUGGAAUAAACAACACCGUCUACAUAUUUGUGAUAGUCGUUUUUAUCCUUCUUUGUGUGUUGCUCUUUUCCCUGUUACUAUUUGUGGAAUUCAACAUACAUAUUUUGGUGCUUCUAGUCCUGACCAUUGGUCUCACCGUUUCCUUCAUCUGGUUCGUCCAUGCUUGCGGUGCAAUCCGGCCGGCCGAUAGGCGGCCAGUGUUGGAGAUUCUCCAAAAUCAUCUUAAGGCGCUCAUUAUAGAUCCAGUCAAUAAACGGCCAGCGGAGGGCGAUGGCGAGGGUGAAGAAUUUUCUUCCUCAAAAAGACCCGGAUUCUCGGAUCCAGCAAUUGCACUGGCAAAGGCUGCAUUGGCUUCUGGUCAGGUACUGUCUUCCGAUGGCGCCGUAAAUGUGUGUGUUGCCCCCAGGGCCCUCAAGACAACAAUUGAAUUUGUCGUCCCCGGCUUCAAGGUGGGGCUGAUCAUUGGAAAGAAUGGAGAAACCCUCAAAAGGCUUGAGCGGAUGAGCGAUUGCAAGAUAACGUUUUCUCCCCUGACUGCGGCCAAUCCUGCCGACAUGCCAGAGCGAAAGGUUUUCGUCACGGGACUUCCGGACGACGUUGGCCAUUGCAAGCGUCUCGUGCUGGAGAAGAUCAACGAGGGCCCGCCCAUGGUGAUUGCAGCCGGAGCUGCCCCGCCGCCAAUGCCACCAGGCUCUGUUGUCCCUGUGCAGCUGCCAAAUGGCGUUUCACUGCAAGUUCCAAUCCAUCGGGACGAAAAAGGAACCAUACUGCCGAUGGAGCAUCUAUUCAUCCCCAACAAUAAGGUCGGACUGAUCAUUGGAAGGGGCGGUGAGACCAUCAAAGAUAUUCAGGAUCGAAGUGAAGCGCGGAUAUAUAUCGCGCCUGAUGCAUCUAUGACGCCCGACUUUUCAACUGAGCGCUUCAUUGCGGUAUCCGGUACCGACGAGGCUAUUCUGAUUGCGAAACAAAUGCUAGAAGAUGUAUUGGAAGGCCGAACGCCACUCUUAAGCGCUGGCAACUCCGCAGAGAUUGGCAAGAUUACAAUCUCACUGGUGAUGCCUGAUGAGGUUGUAGGCAUGGUCAUCGGAAAGAAGGGCGAAUACUUCAAGUGGAUGAUGGCAGAGACGCGCUGCAGGAUUACGGUGGACCCACCCGUCUCGGAUGGCAGGCCAAACCGCGAAAUCACCAUCACGGGGCCUCCUGAAGGCGUUGCCUACGCACAAGCGUUAAUUCACGACAAAGUCUCUAGCAGUGCACAGCUAGACACUUCAGGGACCACUUACACAUUGCUCCCGACUACGACAACACCUUAUGCCUCAUCAAAGUAUCAACAGCACUUUGACCAGGCCGAUCCCCAGCCAGUAUAUACCCAGGAGCAGCUGCAAGCCAUUUUGAAGUAUUAUCUUGACUAUUAUCUUUCGGCAGGAGUGGAAAUGACAAUGGCUCACACCGCUGCUCUGUCUGCAAUGAGCGCUGCGAACAUUCCACUUCCUGCUCUCGAGCAGGACAACGAUAUGACGAGCCCAAAUGCAGUACCGUCUACCGCGGGUGCUGUGUACAGUGAGAAUGCUACGCACUAUGAAGGAAAUAACUGCUCUAGCUCCCCAGAGGCUAGUGUCUUUCCUCCUGAAACUGGUGACAAUCAUGUCAAUGGGGGCGAUGUUAAAGAUAUUGAGAAGGAACACACAAGCGAUGGAUAUCAAAACGGGAUCACUCCUGAAACUGAUGCAAAGACCCCAGAGGGCUGA